GGGGUUGCGUGCUCCCCGCGCGCGGAUCCCGGUGCCCGUGGGUCCCGUGACCCCGCAGCAUGAAGGAGACACCGCUUUCAAACUGCGAGCGCCGCUUCCUGCUCCGCGCCAUCGAGGAGAGGAAGCGGCUGGACGGCAGACAAACCUAUGAUUAUAGGAACAUCAAGAUCACAUUCGGAACAGAUUACGGGUGCUGUAUUGUGGAACUUGGGAAAACAAGAGUACUUGGACAGGUUUCCUGUGAACUUGUUUCUCCAAAACUCAAUAGGGCAACAGAAGGUAUUCUUUUUUUUAACCUUGAACUCUCUCAGAUGGCUGCCCCAGCUUUUGAACCUGGCAGGCAGUCAGAUCUCUUGGUGAAGUUGAAUCGUCUCUUGGAAAGAUGUCUAAGAAAUUCGAAGUGUAUAGACACAGAAUCUCUCUGUGUUGUUGCUGGUGAAAAGGUUUGGCAAAUACGUGUGGAUCUACAUUUAUUAAAUCAUGAUGGAAAUAUUAUUGAUGCUGCCAGCAUUGCUGCAAUUGUAGCCUUGUGUCACUUCCGAAGACCUGACGUGUCUGUCCAAGGAGAGGAAGUAACACUGUACACUGCAGAAGAGCGGGACCCUGUCCCAUUGAGCAUCCACCACAUGCCGAUCUGCGUCAGUUUUGCCUUCUUCCAGCAAGGAACAUUUUUGUUGGUGGACCCCAGCGAGCGAGAGGAACGUGUCAUGGAUGGGCUGCUGGUGAUUGCCGUGAACAAGCAUCGAGAGAUUUGUACCAUCCAGUCCAGCGGGGGGAUAAUGCUGCUAAAUGAGCAAGUUUUGAGAUGCAGUAAAAUAGCUGGUGUGAAAGUAGCUGAAAUUACAGAGCUAAUACAGAAGGCUUUGGAGAAUGACCAGAAAGUUAGGAAAGAAGGUGGAAAAUUUGGCUUUGCAGAGUCUAUAGCAAAACAAAGGAUCACAGCAUUUAAAAUGGAAAAGGCCCCUGUUGAUACCUCCGAUGUAGAGGAGAAGGCAGAAGAAAUCAUAGCUGAGGCCGAGCCUCCUCCAGAAGUCGUUUCUAAACCUGUGCUCUGGACUCCUGGCACUGCCCAAAUCGGGGAAGGAGUAGAAAACUCCUGGGGGGAUCUCGAAGACUCCGAGGAGGAAGACGAGGAGGAAGGCAGCAGCAGUGGAGCCACCGGGCUCCACAGUGCGGAAGCGGGCGCCACCCCAGAGGUCUCCACCGUUGGGAGCCAAGAUGCGCCGAUAGUGCUGUCAGACAGCGAAGAAGAGGAGAUGAUCAUUUUAGAACCAGACAAGGAUCCGAAGAAAAUCAGAAUACAGACUGUCAGUGCAAAACAAGACAAAGCACCAAGUAAAAAGCUAGUGAAAAAGAGAAGAAAGAAGAAAACUGCCAAUUAAAGCUCACGUGGUUGUCUUUGUGUAUAUAACUAUUAAAAGGAUAUUUAUUUAA